UCCGGCGGCGGGCGUGUCCCGGGCGGGCGCGCGCUGUCCGGGCAGCGAUGGCGGACGAUGGGCAGGGGCGGCUCGGGACUGAAGGCGGCCGGGGUGGCAGCGCGGCUGCGGCGGGUGGCCAGAUGCUGCUGAGCAUUGGGCUGCUGGCGCUAGCGCUGCUGGCGGCCUACCGGCUGUACCUGCGCUGGGGGACACGAAGCGGGCCGGGAGGCUCGGCCCGGAGAGGCGAGGCCGCCCCGCUGCCGCGCAUGAAGCGCCGGGAUUUCUCCCUGGAGCAGCUGCGCGAGUUCGACGGAGCCCGCAACCCUCGCAUCCUCUUGGCUGUCAACGGCAAAGUCUUCGACGUGACCAAAGGCAGCAAGUUCUACGGGCCCGAGGGUCCAUAUGGAAUAUUUGCUGGCAGAGAUGCCUCCAGGGGACUAGCAACUUUCUGUCUAGAUAAAGAUGCACUCAGAGAUGAAUACGAUGACCUAUCGGACUUAAAUGCUGUACAGAUGGAAAGUGUAAGAGAGUGGGAAAUGCAAUUUAAAGAAAAAUAUGACUACGUAGGUAGACUCCUAAAACCAGGGGAAGAACCAUCAGAAUACACAGAUGAGGAAGAUACCAAGGAUCACACUAAACAGGAAUGAACUUUGUAAACAACCAAAGUCAGGGGCCUUCGGAACUGCAACCUCUUAUCCCCAUCACAGAAUGUCCUGCAUCUUUGGGUACAGUUCAUCUGCUGCGAAAAACAUUCAACAGGUUUUGUACAAGGAAAAUAAUAUACUCACAAGUGAAGAUUUGGAUACUAGACAUUCUUUGUGCUGCCAAAUUUUUUGUUGCAGUUUAUUUGUAAUGUCUGGUUAGGCUUCGUUAGGGAAGAGGGGCCAGGGAUUUAAAGGCAAAAAUGCUAUUCCUUUUUAUCAGUAAGCUGAAGCCUUCAAGUAGUAUAUCUUACAAGUUCUCUAAAAGAUGUGAGUCUUCAAGCUCAAAGGAAGGUUUGAAUCUUGUUUCGUGUGUUUCUCCUCUAGCAUUAAAGAUGUACUCAUGCACAUCAGCAGCAGUAGGUUAGACUACUGAAGCUGGUGCUAAAAUGUGAAUUUCCAAUUUUGUUUUGUAUUGUGGGUGUUAGUGGCCUCAGCAGAAUACUUCAGUUCUCUAAGAGAAGUCCAUGUAGAUUAGGAUGGGGAUAAAGUUCAUCCUUUUCUCAGAAGGACUGGAUAAAACCGUUUCCUCUGCAACAACUAUUAUCUGAAGCCUGCCUCUCCCCCCUUUUCCCAUCCUCUAAAUCAAAUCAAAUAUUAAUUGUGCCUUAUUUCGCUUACAUAGACUUGAAUUGUUUUAAGGGACAGCCCCCAAAUUGCGGUUUCAUAGUCACUACAAGCAGCAUUGAGACUGAAGUUGGAAUGUUCUGUUGACUGGAAAGCCUUGAUGUCAUUCUGUGUAUAGAAUGUAAAAGAGGAAUACUCAGUGUUACUGCCAUAUGUUAAUACUACAUAUACUUAAAUUAGCAUUGUGAUGGCCAAAUGCAUACUCCCAUGCUUCUUUUUAAUGAAUUACAAACACACAAAAAAGUCACCCUUCCUCCUUUUCCAGAAGCUGCCUAACUUUUGGGAGCAUAGCCUUCACACCCCUGUAGAAUGAAGGGGCGUUGCGCGCGUGUGUGUGUGUGUGUGUCGUCUGAAUGCAAGAUGUGGGAGGGAUUGUUUCUGCAGAUAUUGUAAAUACAAGUACCAUUUUAAUAAAGCAUGUACAAUACCACAUGUGCUGUCAGACUUUAUAUAGUAGCUGUUAAGCAGAGCUGGAAAUGAUGGAAUACAAAGGGGAAGAAGUCUUGGAUAUGUGAAGCAUCCAUCACUGUUAAUACUGCUCCUUGUCUAGCUGUUUUCCCUUUCAAGUCCCAGCUGUUGAGGAAUCUUGAGGACUUACUCAGGUAAGCUGUAUUUAAGAGAGUAAACCUAUGCCAAUGCAUUUAUGGUGGGGAAAAAGAAGUAAUGUAAAUAAAGCAUUUUAGAAACUCAGUGUAAUGUACAGUAGGAGGAAUAUGUCUCGUGGCAUUAAUAAGACGAGAACAGCAGCCUUGUGGCUUAUGUCUGUGUACCUCUGCAGAUUUCACCGGUAAUAAGUCUACAGUAACAAUUUAUAUAUAUACACAUUCUGUGGAACUGUAAACUGUGAAAUUCCAGAGUUGACUACUUUUUUAUUCCUAUUUGACUGAAAGAGAUUUAUAUUGAUGUAAAUGAAACAAAUAAACAAAAACUCUUCUGUU